AAUGCCGACUGACGGUGGCUGCCGAUAAGGUGAUAAAUUUUAUGCAAAGAUCAAGCUCCACCAUGAUCAUCCCCCAGGUGUUUGCCGGCGAGCUCGAGAUUCACCCGGGCGGAACUAUACCCACCUCGGAAUGACGUGAUGCGAUGUGAGAACGACUGGUGCUUACCAUCCAUCUCUCUACCUGACCUUUGCAGCUGAGUUACUACCGAAACCGGACCGACUUUUCUCGCCCUCCCGGAGUGUUUUGGGUGAGUGCGUCUAAGCCCUAAUGUGCCUAUAAAUAAGCAUACGACCAUCGGCAAUUGCUCGCAUUACACUCGAGGCUAACCACUGAAGCACACCCGCACCAGCAGCACCACCAGUUGCAGUAGCUCCCGCACAAGCGAAUCCCCAGUCCAAGUGCUCAAAAUGUCAGCUCCAUCAAGAGUCCGGUUCCACCCGCUGCUGGCACUGCUGGUGGUGGUGUCGAUCGUGGGCGCACAGUACGGUGCCCGUGCCGCCAUACUGACCCGUGCGAUCGAAGCGCAGAAGACGCUGGUCGAGCGCGAAGAGCAAGCACUGCAGGAAGCAAAGGAUCAGGUCUACCGGACGGCACAGAACGCGAUGGAUGUGUCGCGCGAUGCGAUGUCGAACGUGGCCGAGCAGCUCCGGUACGCCGUCGGUUACCCGUGGCGGGUGGCAAGUGAGGCACUCGAGAAGCCGAAGCUGUACGCCAAGUACAUGCUGUACCGGGCGACCAAUGCGCUGAACGGAGAGCCCGAAACGACGCCCGUGCCGGUUGUGCUGACGAACGACUUCCAGGCCACGACUGCCAGCGCUCCACAGGCCGAGGCCGACAUUGUGCCGCAGUGGAUUACUGGAUUGCGAACGUUCUUCAACCCGGAAUCGGCCGUCCCAAACAAGGAUCUUCCCAAGCCGAGCCCAUACAUCGAGGUGAUUGAAAUUAAGCGCAAUCCUGCGUCAGAGCUGGUGGCAGAGCCAGCGGUAAGCGAAACCGCACAGGAACCGCAGAAGGAAGUGAUUCAGCAGUAACGAAGCCACGUGAGACCAGUUGCACAAACUUAUUUAUCUACACACCUACCCCCUUUGCUGAAUAAAACUCGAAUACGAUAAGGAAAUUGGUUUUGAAUUUGUUUA